AUGGUCGAUCAGAAAAGACCUCAUGUUCUCAUCAUCGGUUCAGGCAUCGUUGGCCUCCUCAUUGCACAGGGCUUGAAAAAGGAAGGCAUCUCCUUUGCCAUUUAUGACUCGGAAUUGUCAGCCAACACCUAUCGACCUCGAGAAUGGGGCAUGUCAGUGCAAUGGGGCUUGCCCAUGCUCAAAGAUUGCCUCCCCCCGGACCUCUUCGAUCGAUUCUACACCGCCGCGAAUGAUCCGACCUUUGAGCCUCCCGACCCCGGCGUUCUCCCCACCUGGAACGGCCAAACGGGUGAAUUAUUGAAGAACAUUCCUUUGCUGCGCAUGUACCGCGUCUCUCGUCGACGCUGUCGGAACUUGUGCUCGGAAGGGAUUGAUGUGCAGUAUAACAAGACACUCACCGACGUCACCUAUGACGAUGACCAGAACACGGUCACGGCCGUUUUCGAGGAUGGCACACAGGCCACUGGAACGAUGCUGGUCGGGGUCGAUGGCGCCCAAUCCAAAGUCCGGUUGACCAUAUUCGGAGAAGAAGGACAGCCGUCCACGGUUCCCUAUUCUGCCGUCAACCUGCAUGUCUGCUACCACGACGCCGAGAAAGCGAAAUUUGUGCGUCAAGCCCAUCCCAUCAUGACGAUGGGCAUGCAUCCUGAUGGAUACUGGUUGUGGAUCUCCAUUCAGGAUGUACCAGAUCCGCGUGAUCCCGCCACCUGGGUCUUCCAGCUCCAAACCACGUGGAAGAAGAAGGAAGGAGAGGAGGUAGCUUCACUCGCCAACUUGAAGGCCAAGGCUGAGACAUUUGGUGAACCGUUCCGCUCUGCCAAUCUGUGGAUUCCCGAAGGGACACCCGUUUACGCAAAUAACCUGUCGUAUUGGAUUCCUCGUCCUUGGGAUACUCGUAGAGGCAGGAUUCUCCUUGCCGGAGAUGCCGCUCAUCCCAUGACUUUUCAACGGGGUCAAGGGCUGAAUCAUGGCAUUGCCGAUGCUAGAAGUCUGGUGCUCCAGUACCGGGACGCUGUGGCCGGCAAAAUGACCUUUGAAGAAGCGGCCGCGGCAUACCAAACGGAGUUGGUAGAUCGUGCCGGAGAAGAAGUUCGCUUGUCCAAGGAAAACACUGAAAUGCUUCAUGAUUGGGAACGGGUGGCCAACUCGCCGAUCAUGCAGCGUGGGGGCCAUCCAAGAGGACAAGCUCCAGCGCCUGUAGCUGGUCAUUCGUCUUGA